UUGGUCCAGAGUGUAUCUCUUGGCCACAGGGCGAGUCUGAGUUUGACAUGCAAACACCAGGCAGAGAUUUUAACCAUCUGAGUGGUCACAGCUUCUCUUCAGACAUGGUGGACACCCAGCAGCUCCUAGCCUGGCCUGUCGGUUUCAGCCUGAGCACGGUGGACUUGCCGGAGCUAGACGACAGCCACCACUACCUCGACAUGAAACAUUUGUCCACGUCAGACUACGCCUCCAUUUCCUCCUCCUCCAUCCCUUCCUCCCUGUCUCCCCCGCUUGUGUCCUCCAUCUCAUCCGCCGGCAUGGCCUACGACAUCAGUCCUCCGCUGAGUGAGGAACACCUGACGAACAUGGACUACACAAACAUGCACAGCCACAGGAAAGAGAUGGAGAUGCACAACCCAAUCAAGCUGGAACCAGAGUCUCCGCCACAGUACUCUGACAGCACUUUGUUCUCCAAGUUCCCAGACGAUGCGUCGGCGUCAGCGUUAAACAUCGAGUGCCGUGUGUGUGGAGACAAAGCCUCGGGGUUUCACUAUGGGGUGCACGCCUGCGAGGGCUGUAAGGGUUUCUUCAGACGCACCAUCAGGCUAAAGUUGGUGUACGAUCACUGUGAUCUUCAUUGUCGCAUUCACAAGAAGUCCAGAAACAAAUGCCAAUACUGCCGUUUCCAGAAGUGCCUCAAUGUUGGCAUGUCACACAACGCCAUUCGUUUUGGCCGAAUGCCCCAGGCAGAGAAGGAGAAACUGCUGGCAGAGUUCUCGUCUGACAUGGAGCACAUGCACCCGGAGGCCGCAGAUCUAAGGGCUCUGGCCCGGCAUCUGUAUGAAGCCUAUCUGAAGUAUUUCCCCCUUACCAAGGCCAAGGCCAGGGCGAUCCUCUCUGGGAAGACUGGAGAAAAAGUGCCUUUCAUCAUUCACGACAUGAAGUCUCUAAUAGAAGGGGAGCAGUUUAUCAACUGUAAGCAGAUACCAGCCUGGGAGCACCAGCAGCAGAUGUCUGCCGUUACAGUUGGACACGGAGUUACAGGAAUCCCAGGAGCCCACUCAGGGUCCGAUUUUGGCGCUUUGGGAACGGGGAUCGGCGUGCAGACACCUGACGGGGCGGAGCUACGUUUCUUCAAAAGCUGUCAGUCACGCUCUGCAGAAGCAGUGAGAGAAGUGACAGAGUUUGCCAAGAGCAUCCCGGGAUUCAUCGACCUGGAUCUCAACGAUCAAGUAACGCUGCUGAAGUACGGAGUGAUCGAAGUCCUCAUCAUCAUGAUGUCACCACUGAUGAACAAGGACGGCACCCUGAUCUCCUACGGACAGAUUUUCAUGACGCGGGAGUUCCUCAAGAGUCUCAGAAAACCUUUCUGCCAAAUGAUGGAGCCAAAGUUCGAGUUCGGAGUCAAGUUCAACACGCUGGAGCUGGACGACAGCGACAUGGCGCUGUUUCUGGCUGUUAUCAUCCUCAGUGGGGACCGGCCCGGCCUGCUGAACGUGAAGCCCAUCGAGCAGCUUCAAGAGACGGUGCUUCAUUCGCUGGAGUUGCAGCUGAAGCUCAACCAUCCAGACUCCCUGCAACUGUUCGCCAAGCUGCUCCAGAAGAUGACGGACCUGCGUCAGAUUGUCACUGACCACGUGCACCUCAUCGACCUGCUCAAGAAGACCGAAGUGGACAUGCUCCUACACCCUCUGCUGCAGGAGAUCAUGAAGGACUUGUAUUAGAGUUCAAAAUGAAAAGUGGGCACACACUGAAAUGUGAAGAAGAAGAAGAAGAAGAAGAAGAAGAAGAAGAAGAAAAAAAAGAAAGAUCAGAGGCGGAUGAAUCAUGAAUUGAAAUUAAUCAGUUACCAGAAGAUGGAGGAGAACGGGAACAGAAAAAUCAAGAACAGAGAUACGGCUUUGGGUCUGUUUCUAGACAGAACUUGUGGUGCACAGUCAUUUGGCUACCACAUAGCCUGAACAGUUUAUUAUGGGCUGUCUGUCGACUUCAGUACGAAACUACCACCUAUCGCAGCAGACUGUGACUAACACAACGAGAGGGAACCGUAGGUUGGCAAAGUUAAUGCAAAAUCUUGACUGCUUCACCACACACUUAGGGCACACUUCACGUGCCUUAAACGGAACCGUUUUUCACGCCUUGUCUCAUGCAACAUAUGUUGUUCUUGCGCAGCUUUUAUCUUUACACCCAUCAAUAGGCAGUGGUCGUAGUGUGCACAUGCAUCGAUAUCCAUGUGAAUACGCACAAACGCAUGAACGCUCGCACGCGCAGAACUGUGCACUGUCGUUUUCUGUUUUGGCAUCAGGGUGAAGGUGCUAUCUCGUUUUAAUCAGCUGCAUCCAAAAACAGAAAUCAGAGUAGUGCCUGUAACUUAUUCUGGUCCUGCACACCGCUUAGAAACUGUGAGAAAGUGAGCGCGAGCCAACAGAGGGCACAGCAGGGAUGACGUUGGCUCUUAAAUAUGCCUUAAUGAUCAGACGUUUAGCUUUUUUUUUUUUUUUUUUUU